CCUGGCUUUGCUUCGCCACACUCGCCUCUUAUAUCUCGCUCGUGAGCUUGAGACUGGACCGAGUUCUCCGCGAUAUAGAUGCCUUCAUCGCCCGUCGAGCACACCGCUGUCCGGUACUCCACACGGGAGAUGAUUCGCUUCCUCGUCCUGUGAAUAUAUUGGUUUCCUGAGGAGUUCGGUGGGCACAAGAAAGUAAUUAGAGUUAGGAUUAUUCUUAUUAUUAGGAUUAGCAGUGGCGGUGGAGGAGAGGUGGAGGGGUUGAGAGUAUAAGAUGAGUUUUAUGGCGGCGAGGAGGGCGGAGGAGGAAGAAGAAGCGGCAGCGGCGGAGAUCCACUUGCCGGCGGAGGUGGAUUGGGAGAUGCUCGACAAGUGGCGGUUCUUCGUCAUGGGCGCGGCUCUAUUCUCCGGCGUGUCUGCGGCCCUUUACCCGGCGGUGGUCCUCAAAACGCGGCUCCAGGUCGCGCAGCCACCGUCUCCGUGCCUCCGCGCGGCGGCGGCGAUCUUCCGCCACGAGGGUCCCCGGGGAUUCUACCGUGGCUUCGCCACCUCGCUCGCCGGCACCGUCCCAGCUCGGGCUCUCUAUAUGGGCGCGCUGGAGGCUACCAAGAGCGCCGUCGGCUCCGCCACUCUCCGGCUCGGCGUCCCGGAGCCCACCGCGUCGGCUGCCGCAUCCGCCGCCGCCGGGCUCAGCUCGGCCGUCGCCGCACAGGUCGUCUGGACCCCCAUCGACGUGGUCAGCCAACGCCUGAUGGUGCAGGGUUCGGCGGCCGCAGCCGCCAGGUACCGCGGCGGGGUCGACGCCUUCAAGAAGAUCCUCUGUUCCGACGGUCUCCGCGGCCUGUACCGAGGGUUCGGGAUGUCCAUCCUCACCUAUGCCCCGUCCAACGUUGUGUGGUGGACGUCCUACUUCCUCUCUCAGAGACUAAUCUGGGGUGGCGUCCGCUACCACAUGGACGGCGGUGGCGGCGGGGAGUUGAGGCCAGGACAGGGGACGGUGGUGGCGGUGCAGGGCGCGAGUGCGGCGGUGUCGGGGGGAGCGGCGGCGGUAGUGACGAUGCCGCUGGACACGAUCAAAACGAGGAUGCAGGUGUUGGACGACGGCGGCGAGAGGAUGACGAUCGGUAGAACAGUGAGGAGCCUUCUAAGGGAGGGGGGUUGGAGGGCGUGCUACCGAGGGCUAGGGCCGAGGUGGGCUUCCACGUCGCUGUCGGCCACCACCAUGAUCACCACCUAUGAGUUUUUGAAGAGGCUUUCAGCCAAAGACGGCUCUUUUUGAGGUACUUCACCCCGGGAAAAAAGGGGAAUCUUUUGCCUACUCUCUUCUUCUUCCUACAAUUUUACUGUAUAUAAAUUAGUCACUGUUAGUUGAAUGAAUGUUCGAGUUUUCAGUGCCAUUACGGAAUUUUCUGAUGUAUUCUAGCGCAGGUAUGGAUAUGAACUUUUAUGAAAUGAAAACUCGAUCUUGAUUUAUUGCUUUCCUCCCAACCUUUGAGCUAGAAAAUGUUCCUAAACCUCUGUUAGAUUCUUAGUACUAGAUACUUAGAUGGCAGUGUCAAAGAUAAAAAGCUUAGGGCUCUGAAAUGGAUCAAUAAGCAAGGAACUAGAGAUCUCAGCUCCAGUGGAAGGCAGGGAAUGAUAAUGCAGGAGAUGUUUGAUCAUUGUGGGGCCUCUUUUGGCAUCAAAUUGUUGUCCUUUCAUUUUUGGAUUGGGUUUAAUAGUUGGGAUUUUUUGAUGAGCUCUUGUUGAAUCCAAGGGGCAAUUGGUUGCUUCUGAGAUCUGUGGGCUUGUUUUGUUCCUUCCAGUAAUAAAUAGUGGCUUAGAUUGUUCCAUCUGAGGCCACCCAUGGAUGACCUUUCCUAGUGUCGUGGUUUUUUGGGAGCAACGUUGGCUUUGAAGUUGGGUUUUUGUCUCUGGUGCUGAGUCGGAAUGUAUUCUCUUCAUAUAUGACAUAAAUGGAGACCAAAGUCUUUGAUGCUGAUGUAGAAAUGUUUAUCA